AUGUCUGUACAAGAUAUUAAGAUGGAGGGAGAGCCCAUUCAAGUUUCUCCUGCCAUAGACCGCUCUCCAGGUGACUCUCCUACAAAGAAUACCAACUUGAAAGCUUCGAAGAGUCCCCCAAGAAUCAGAAGUAUGGGAUCAGAAAUCAUGCCUUGUGCCUUUGCGGAUGUCGCAGUCUCAUACCGGAUGUAUAUACUUGACGACCUUCUCGCAGAACCACAAGAGAUUAUUCAUGACUGGAGUCGAAAUUCUUUAUACAUAAGUCAACGACACAGGCAAGGCAACACCUUCGCGCCCAUCGAGCUUUCCCAUGAGGUCGCCAUAUUUGAUAUCUCAGUUGGUGACAUCGUCUCCUCUGUUGACAUCAGCCCCUACACGGGUCCUCAUUGUAUGGAGCUAGACUCGACAUGCUCUUAUCUUCACGUCCACGUUGAUGGCGGGACCAUCUGGAUCGACCUUCAUUCGAGAGUGGUUACCAACUUCGAACCAUCACAGAAGGGGAGGCGUGCGCAGAGGACAACUGAGGAUUUCAUCGCUGAGAUCGAUUUGAGGUCUGGAAAGAUGCGCCAAAGGGUGAACGUCCCAGAGGGUGACAGAAGCUGCAGCGAUGGAAGACAUGUCACUUUUUCUGCGCCGACAAUUCGGUUCGCUAGUCGAUCAUCGAGCAGUGGACUGCCGGUGGUGGAUGUUGCGAACGAUCAUAUCGUCGAAGCCAUCAAAGCAAAGUUUUCGACAAAGACACUCUACGUCACAUCUCGGAAUAUUAUGCUAGUUUAA